CCUUGCCCGUACAUUCUUGGCAACCCCAUUUUCCAUCUUCAUUAGUCUUGACCACGAAUUUUACUUACUCUCUUAUGUUCCCCCUCUAUCUCCCCGCGAGAAAGUCCCCUUCCCCGACCCCCCCCAUUGCAUUGUCCAUCUUGCCGGGCUUUCAUUCCUCAACCCGCCAUUCGUGUCUACAUACCUACCUACCUGCCUACCUACCGUAUAGAUCAUUAGCCUUUUUUUGCUUUUUCUUUUCUCCCAUCUCCAUUGUUCUGCAGAGAAAAACGGCAAAGCCUCACUCGCCUACCCACACCCACUUGCUUCUUUGGUCCAAGUACUGCAGCAGUGCAGUGCAGUGCAGUGUAGAAGCAGGGAUUCCCGUCCGGUGGUCACUGGUUGGUCCGGUCGGGGAGGAAUCAAGCGAGAGAGGAGCGAGAGAGAUCCCUUGGCCCUCCAUUUCGACGACCUGCACCCUGCACCCUGCACUGUUCCCCAGCCUCUUCCUUCACCUCCUCCUCGUCUUCCUCUCUUUUCUUCUCUUCACUCUCUUCCGCCCAACGUCGCCCAGCGCUGUUCGUCUUCCGCUUCUUCCUCGCCAUCGCCAUCUUCCGCCGAAACCCGGCCGUCUUGAGUGACCGUUGCCGGAGAUCCACAAUCCUCCAGGGAAUAAGAAAACAAGAAGAAGGAAAAUAGAGGAUAAUACGGAAAAAAAGAAUACAGUCGACCGGAGACGAACCCUGCCUGGCGCCGUCCGACGUCGCAAACGCCUCAACCACCCGUGUCUACCCCGAUAAUCCCGACCGAACUUUCCGACUGGCUACUCCCAUUAACACCGUUACACGUACCGGUCAAAACAACAACACCACGGCAACUCUCCGCUGGCGGAUGAUUUCACCGUAGCAUCACCAACCACACCUAGCGACCGAGGCGACUCCCCGCCGUGCCAGCAUGGCGCGCCCGCGCAUCCCCGCCUUCUACGGCAUCCUCCAAUUCUGCCUGCGCCUGGCCCUCGUCGUCUUCGAGGUGUGCGCUCUCGCCGCCCUCAUCAUCCUUUCGAGAUACGGCUUCCACUUUCCCCUCGGAUAUGUCACUUCCAUCUCCGGCAUCAUCUUCUCCAUGGCCGAGAUGGUGACACUCGCCAACACGACCGGCCAGAUCCCGCGCAUGCGCACCGGCGCCAUCGUCGUCGCCGACUUCGUCCUCUUCGUCCUCGGCCUCGUCGCCUUCUUCUACUUCAUCAUCCUCAACGGCUGGCGCAACGGCAGCCCCAACCGCGAGUACCGCGCCUGGCGUGACGACCCCCUGCGCGUCGAGAAGAACACCUGGGCCCCCUGGUACAUGUGGCUGCAGCUCAUCGCCGCCGUCAUGCACUUCCUCUACAUGAUCAUGCACUGCAUCGACGCCUGCAAGGAGGGCGGGCCAGAGGGCCAGCGCCGCCGCCAGCGAAGGAGGAGGAUCCGCGAAGCCGAGAGGAGGGACCGCAGGGCCGCGAGGGCCGCCGCCUCGGCCCCGCCCGGGGACCCCGAGACGGCCCAGGUGUCGACGAGCUGAUGACUAUGAGAACAAGAGGAGGGAGUUUUGCUCGGAGGAGCUAGGUCUUUUUUAUUAUUAUUGGUUUGCGGGGGCGACUGAUUCAAUUUGGGAAUACAUCAAUCAGGCUUGGUGUUCUUGGCGUUUUGGAGAUGGGGGAAACGGCGGUAAUUCUCUUUAUUUUCCCCGCCUUUCAUUUUGGCAUAGCAUGAUGAGGGCGAUGCGGCCUUGAGCAAGCGCUGGUCUUGGCCCCUGACACGGUAGAGCUAUUUGUUGCGCCCAUGGUAACGAGUAUUUGGAAACGGGGGAUGAGGUCGUCUCGAAAAGAUUCUCUGGAAUUGGGAGCUAUGCCCGAGAAUGACCCAGAAUGAGCGAGCGAGAGAGAGAGAGAGACAGAGAGCAUUAUUUUGUUGAUAUCAGCUUCAAGCGGCUGCGUCGUAUUUACACACACUACCGACUGACGAGCAUCCAGCCGCUUCACGGAAAGCGGCUGUAAACGGGCAUACGGCAUCAUUAGCAUAUCUAUCUACACCCAUCAGCCUAUCUCUUAUUUACUGGAAGAAUACCCAGGAAACCUGUCCUGCAUUUUUUUCUUCUUCUUCUGCAUUAUACUCGCUUGUCGUUCACGCCCGUCAAAACUAUCGGCCCUGACCCAUUGCCGGCCCGGGCUUGAGUUAGUCCUUUGGGGGGGGGACCACCCUUCCGACGGCGACUCCGGCUGGGGUUCAAGGCUGAUGGAAAAGAAAAAGAAGAAUAAAAAAAAUAAACAUCGAAACAGGGGCCGCCUGCCUACCUGGCGCCCAUUUUGGCUUUGACUUUGGCGCACGUCAAAGUUGGGACUAACAACGGCGCCUAUCCCGUUUCCGACUUGGGAGGGGGGGGAGGAGCCAUGUACCAACGUUGAGUCGCGCGGGUUGAUUUUCACAACGCGUCUGGCACAUUUGUGCCAGCGAAAC